GAACAAAUGCGAUAGACGAAAAGGAGAAGGAAGAAGUAUCAUGUCGUAUUCGGGAUUUGGGAAGGAAUCAGGGCCCUCUGUGCCACCCAAAUCACAACCAGCCUUUGGUCAUACUAACACUUUCCUCCGUCCGCCGUCUUCUUCUCUCGCAACUCCAGCUUCUCCAUAUGCCACUUCGCCGUCACCUCCUAGACACAGUGCUGGGAAGAAACUAUUUUAUAGAGAUUUGGAUGCCCCUGCUCCUGAAAAUCUGGCAGCAAUUACAACACUUGCUGCCUCGCGGGAUUCCACCACUGGCAUUACAGCCAGAGUUUCUAGAUCUCAAAACCCAGAAAAACCAGAUCUCCUCCCUUACCAUAUGCAGGCAAUGAUGCAUCCAAGUACCCCGGUCAAGCUGUUCUGA